AGGUACGUCACGAAUAGGAAUCAUUGUAUAGAAAUUAGAUGACGCACUAAAAUAAAGCAAAAUGCUAAUAUUUACGGUGUUUUAAAAGUUUAUUAACGGUCCUAAAUAUUAUGACAACUUCUUGUAACUUGACCACGUUUCCACGAGAUAAAAGAAGAAGAAGAAGGUUAGGUUAUGUAAUAAUCCCUUCAAACAAAACAGUGCUUCGAUGUUUUUAUAUUACACACCUUCGUAAAGUAAAUGAGUGAAGCAUGAAAGGACCACAACUUAUUAGAAAACUGAGCUGUUUCUCGGGGUCAAUCACGAAGCCGCACAGACUCACUUAUACUCGCACAUAUCCGACUCUGCUGGUAAAUCCGGAUGGUUCGACAUUUACGAUUCGAUAUCCAGAGCCUCGCCAAAUUAUUAAAUUGCCUUUGAAUAUUUGGACCUUGAGUGAAGCAGAACGCAAACAAAAACUUGAAUUGAGAAAGCCCAAACAAAAAAUGGUCAUUCAAGAGGAUAUUGAGGAUUCCUUUGACUCAUCUAGAUAUUUAAACUACUUGAAGAAAAAAUGAGUCGUUUUCUUAUUACAUGUUAGUUUUAUUUAUUUUUUUGAUUGAGUUGUGAAUAAAAAGUUACAAAUCUAUUGGAUUCAUUCGA